UCUCUCUCUGUCUUCCUAUGUACUUGUGUGUCUGCCUAUGUGUGUGGACAGAGAGAGAGGGAGGGAGACAGUGCGGUAGCGCUAGUGAGAGGGAACUCAUACCACCGUAGUUCGACUCCACGAUCGCUGGCAGCGACUGUUGUGGACCAUGGAGAAACACAAACGCAUUUCCCUGUCUUUUCAGAGCCUUCAGCGGUGACUGCGGUCAAACCACACCAAGGAAUUACACCAGCCUGAAGCUAGGAUAUGAACUAGAAAAUCAGAAAACUGCACUCCCUACGGUUAUUCGAAAGUGUUUUGUGUUCAUUGGAUGCUGGUUGCCUACGAACUGUGACUACUACCUGCGGAAAUUCUGAUUCAUAGCACACCCUCUGCUCGGAGAGACCAAAAACUUCACUGAGGAUGAUUGAAGAGGGGAGCCGCAGAGGGAAGACCAUGGCAGAGAGGAGGCAAAUCUUCAUGGACAUGGGGGCCCAGAACUUCGAUGAGAUCCGCCUCUCCGCCUACCGUACGGCCUGCAAGCUGAGGUUUGUGCAGCGGAGAUGCAACCUGCACCUGGUGGACGUGUGGAACAUGAUCGAGGCGUUCCGGGACAACGGGCUGAACACGCUGGAGCACCACACGGAGAUCAGCGUCUCGCGCCUGGAGACCAUCCUGUCCUCCAUCUACUACCAGCUCAACAAGCGGCUGCCCACCACACACCAGAUCAACGUGGAGCAGAGCAUCAGCAUGCUGCUCAACUUCAUGGUGGCCGCCGGAGACUGUGACGGCCAGGGAAAGCUGACAGUCCUCUCGGUGAAGUCAAUUCUAGCCACUAUGUGCGGGGGGAAGAUUGUUGACAAGCUUCGAUAUAUAUUCUCUCAGAUCUCGGACACGCACGGGGCGAUGACCGUGGCCAAGUUUGACCACUUUCUGCUGGAGGUGCUGAAGCUGCCCACUGCUGUCUUCGAGGGCCCGUCCUUCGGUUACCAUGAUCACCACGCCCGUGCCGCUUUCCCUCAGCAGAAAAAGCUCAUGUUGAACAUGUUCUUGGACACGAUGCUGGCCGAUCCUCCACCUCAGUGCCUUGUGUGGCUGCCCCUGAUGCACCGGCUUGCCAAUGUGGAGAACGUCUUCCACCCUGUGGCGUGCUCGUACUGCGGUGCAGACAGCAUGAUGGGAUUCCGCUACUGCUGCCAGCAGUGCCACAGCUACCAGCUGUGCCAGGACUGCUUCUGGCGUGGCCAUGCCAACCGCUCCCAUAGCAACCAGCACCAGAUGAAGGAGCACUCCUCUUGGAAAUCUUCGGCGAAGAAGUUCAGUCAGGCCAUCAGUAAGUCUCUGGGCUGUGUGCCCAGCCGUGAGCCCGCCCACCCUAUCUUCUCCGAGCAGCCAGUGCGACCACUUGACCUCUCAAACCUUGUCCCCCCACGGCCCGCCCCGAACAACAUGAACAACACGUCCAUGUUCCCCUCCGGAGCCCCCACCCCGACCAAGAGCAGAGUGCAAGGUCUGGCGGCAGCUCAGCGAAUGAAUGAGGAGCAUGCUCUCAUCGCUGCCUACGUCAACCGCCUUCAGAACAGCCCACGUGCGUUGGAUAGCCCCAGUAGACUUGAUGAGGAGCACAAACUGAUCGCCCGCUAUGCAGCACGUCUGGCAACAGAAUCAGGAAACCCAGAGAGGCCUCCAGCAGACUUCAGCUUUGAUACCAAUAGGCAGCAAAGGCAACUGAUUGCUGAGCUGGAGAACAAGAACAGGGAGAUUCUGCAGGAGAUCCAGCGCUUGCGUGUGGAGCAUGAACAGGCCUCCCAGCCCACCCCAGAAAAAGCCCAACAGAAUCCCACGCUACUCGCUGAGCUGCGGCUGCUCAGACAGAGGAAAGAUGAGUUGGAACAGAGGAUGUCUACCCUGCAGGAGAGCCGUAGAGAGCUGAUGGUGCAGCUAGAGGGACUUAUGAAACUGCUGAAGGCUCAAGCUGCAGGCUCACCACAGACGUCACCAAGUCACGGUGUGGGUCGACCAAUCCCCAUGCCUGUCCGCUCAACCGGCUCCACCCCCACACACCAGCCCCAGGAUUCUCUAACGGGGGUGGGCGGAGACGUCCAGGAGGCUUUCGCUCAGGGAGCCCGUAGAAACCUCCGGAACGAUCUUCUGGUAGCGGCAGACUCCAUAACUAACACCAUGUCCUCACUGGUCAAGGAGCUGCAUUCUGUAGAUGAUGGCGCUGAAGAGGAGGAGGAGAGACUCCAGAAUGGGAAAGACAGAGGAAAGGCAACUGGACAGAAGCAAAUGGUCUCCUUGUAGACCCGUCCCCCCAACGAGACGCACAACUUUCAACCACUGCUGUCAUAACGCCAGGAUAGACGAGGACAGCCCAUCCUGAGAAGCUCUCCGAGACAAACUUGAAGGAACAGAGAUAAACAAACAAAAAAUAGACAUGUGAUAUCUGGAUCGCUGCAGUAGCCAACAGUUGCUGUGGUGGUUCAGAGGUCACUCCUUUGAAGGGAUAGUGUUGCGUUUCCCUGGGUCUGUGUUUGACUGCUGUGUUGUUGUUUUUCUUUUCCUUUUUUUUUGUAUUUAAUUAUUUUGUUAGAAUUUGAUUUGUGUUUUUGCGCUUGGGUUGGUUCAGCUUUAGCUCUUGGGGGGGUGGGAGGGUGUGUGUGCAGGGGGAGGGGCGGGGGGGGGUCCAGGUGGGUGAGGUGAAGAUUUAGUGGGAGAGAAUCAACCCAAAGAUAACAGAACUUAGUGUCUCCACCCGCUCUGAUGGAUUGACAGUGCUAAGGAUCCACUUCCUGAGAAGGAUAAACAGAGUGGGACUGUAGAGGGAUUGAGAGAAAGUGAAAGAUGGGGAGAUGAUGAUGAUGAUGAUGAAGGAGACAAAGAAAGUGGACGAGGGGCAGAUGCAUAGAAUUCUAUGAGUGUGGGUGUGGCAAAUGAUUGGUAUGGGUGUGGUCUUGUUAACGGGCAUUGGCAGAAGGGGGUGGGGUUUGUCUACAGAGUAUUUAUUGCUGUACGUAUGACCUGUGACACAGACGGAACUCAACCAGUAGGGUGUGUUUGUUUGUUUAUUUAUUUGGAUGGAAGCUUAUUUAUUUUCCUAGUUCAGCACAUUAGCUUAUAUGUUUAUGUAGAGAGUUGAUCCCCCCCCUGCAGGUUCUUAACCUGUCGGGCACAUGAUCAAGUGGUGAUUUCAAGUCGGACUGAAUCAAUCAAUGCUGUAUCUUCCUGGGUCAACCAGAAGAGUUUUUGUGUAUAUUAAAGUCAUAGAUAAUUUACUGUUUGUGAUUUAUUGUAGGUACUAAGCUUUUGUGUUUGAUGGAUGGAUGGAUUUUUUUCAUUUGUGAAAGCACUGCUUCUUGUUUUAGUUGUUUAGUUGAAGAUCUGCUACAUGCACAUUUAAAUAUCUGGCCUGCUGUGUGUUGCAGAUUUGGUGUGUAUGUGUGUGUCUGUGUGUCUGUGUUGUUGUACCUGUGCGUGUGUAAGGAUAUUACUUACUUGCAUACAUGUGUGUGUGUACGUGCGUGCGUAUGUUUGUGUUUGUGUGGACCGCUGGACUGUAAAGUCACUAGUGAGUGAAGACCUAAGAGUUGUGUUUUUUUUGUUGUUGUUGUUUCUCAAUAAUAUACAUUGUGUUUGAAAAUCAGUUAUAAUACCUGCUGUAACAAUAAUAAGUAAUGAUAUAAUUGUGCCAAAAUUAUGUUUAUUUUGAGAUUUCCUGUGUUGAUAGUGUAGUCUUUCAGCAAAGCUGCAGUGUGUUUUCAGCUAAUUUCCCCUCAUUUAAACUACAGUAUGCCACCCUUAAAUGCACGCCAAAACAUGACCUCACUUCCUGUUCCAUUACGUGUGCCACAGAAUCACUCCCACCCCCCCUCAAUGCCACCCCACCCUUCUUUACUCAGUGUUGUGUAUGGGGGGGGCAAGGGACAGAGGCAAGAUAUUACAGUGCCCUCCUUGUGUUUUGUCUUCCAGAUGCAUGUUUUUGAGGGGGGUGGGGGGACUCUGAUGUCGCAGGGAUAUUGGGAGUGCGUGGUGCUGGAAACCAUUAGCUUUUUUUUUUUUUACACGUCAAUCAGGUGUCCUGAGGGUGCCACCGAAGUACUGUGUCUUUCUGGCUCCGAGGCCAGAGUCAGGGAGCCUGAGCCUGAGGCCCCAGCCUAUGGGGCCCUUCAAAGAUCUGCAUCCUGUGUCAGAGGAGAGCUUUUUACUGGGAUGCUGCAGGAUAUUCUUCUGUCAUGAUACUGAAUGUUGAUCUGUGCAGAUGAAAUAAAUCAUAUUUUAAAACAA